AAUAAUAUGAUAAAAAUCUUAUAUAACCACAAUUUUUCAUUACGGAACAAGUGCGCAAAGCAGUCAUCAGGCUCAUCAUUGUAGAAGCAGCUUGCGAGUUCACGAGAGUCUCUCUGCACACGCGUGGUGACUCGUGAGAGGGCUAUACCUAUCUGAUUGCGCUUUUCUCUUUUUCCUUGCUGUUCUCACAGCGUGUAGCAGGCAAAAGUUUUUCCGAAUCUUCUGAGGAAAAAUUAAGAGAUCGGUGAUAACCGUGAUAAGCAGGAAAAUACGAGACAACCUAAUCGGUUUAUAUGGCUACCAUCACCGAGGAACCGUCCGAGCAAUUGGACAGCGGCAUGGGUAGCAGCGAUGCUCGAUCACCCGAAAUCAAGUCUUUACUACCAGACGACGAUGAGGAAGACGAUGAGGAUGAAACCAUUAUUGAGAGAUUAGUUGGGCUUACAGAAAUGUUCCCGCAACCAGUGAGGAAUAUGACCUAUAAUACAGCCAUUGGCGUUAAGAAAUGUAUGAAAGGUUUAUAUUCUCUUUCUUGCACUGCAACAUGGUUAUUCUUCAGUUCUUCUGCCAUCUUAUUUGCACCAUUGAUUUUUGAAAUUGAACGUGCGCAAAUGGAAGAAGCACAGCGUAACCAACAGAAACAAGUCUUACUUGGACCAAGUUCAGCCAUGUCAGGACCCCCUGGUCCUGGUGGUUUUCCUAUGGCUCCACCCAUUCAAAGAUAAUUUUUAAACUGAAGCAUUUACAAGCAACAAUAUAAAGUUGUCUUGCAACAUUAUUGCAUUGUCAAAUUAAGCAUUAACUCAAUAUUCACAAAUGUCUUACAACAGAUACUAUCAUGUGAAUCUAGAGUACCUUUAAAGUGUUUUAGUAAUAAAAAUCUGUUAUUAGUGCUGAGUUUUUAAAUUGUGUAAAAUAUAGUAGUAAUCAUUAAUCACCAAAAAUCAUAGUGUUAUGCCUAUUACAUAUAUGAAACAUUACUGAAGUUUGUGAAAACACAUUGACUGAAGUUAUCAGCUUUGUAAAUUUUUUGCACAUACAUACUAUCCCAUUAUUGCAUUGUCCAAUUGAACAAGUUUCCUUCAAGUAUCUGUUUCUAUUAUUUUAUUUACAGACAUGACAAUUAUCGUCCAUAGAUAUACUUGUAAUCUAACAAAAUUUAACACUUCGUGUACACAUGUUAAGAUUGCAUUAUUUUGCAUAGUUAAAUAAUUUUGUAUAUCAUUUGAUGUUAAAACUUAUUACGAGUAACAAUAAAAAGUAU